UAAUAGUACAUUGUCUAUUCCAUGCCAGUGUGAAAAGUGAGAGAGGUAGAGAGAGGGAAGAGAAGAAUCUGUGGAGGAAGCACGAGCAGCUUUUCUUUCUUUGUUUUCUGUUUUUCUUUCAUCUACAAAAAUUCAACAAAGGAAGCACCAAGCACUAUCCUCGUGAUAAAGAGAGAGAAAGCACACGCAAAACGAAACCAAGCAGACCUAGAGAGAGGGGGAGAGUGAAGGGUGUUUACCGGAAAAAAUGACUGCCGGUGGAUGCUCAGGUAGGCUACCGACGUGGAAGGAGAGAGAGAAUAACAAGAGAAGAGAGAGGAGGAGAAGAGCUAUAGCUGCUAAGAUAUAUUCAGGGCUUCGAGCUCAAGGAAACUAUAAACUCCCUAAACAUUGUGAUAAUAAUGAGGUGUUGAAAGCUCUUUGUGCAGAGGCUGGUUGGAUCGUUGAAGAAGAUGGCACAACAUAUCGCAAGGGCUCUAAGCCACCUCCACUGGAGAUUGCAGGCACUCCAACAAACAUCAGUGCAUGUUCCUCUAUUCAACCUAGCCCACAAUCCUCAAAUUUCCCUAGUCCUGUUCCUUCCUACCAUGCCAGUCCAACAUCCUCUUCAUUUCCGAGCCCUACUCGUUUCGAUGCAAAUCCUUCCACAUACCUUCUCCCUUUCCUCCGUAACAUAGCUUCAAUCCCUGCGAACCUCCCUCAGCUUAGAAUAUCCAAUAGUGCUCCUGUAACUCCACCGCUUUCUUCCCCUACUAAUAGAAGUUCAAAGAGGAAAGCUGAUUGGGAAUCCUUUUCAAAUGGAUCACUAAACUCCUUUCGCCAUCCCCUUUUUGCUGUCUCUGCCCCUUCAAGCCCUACACGACGCCAGCAUCUUACACCAGCUACUAUACCAGAAUGUGAUGAAUCGGAUGCCUCAACUGUUGAUUCUGGUCGCUGGGUGAGUUUUCAGGCUGUUGCUCCUCAAGUAGCUCCUCCUUCACCGACGUUUAAUCUUGUCAAACCAAUUGGUCAGCAGAGUAUGUUUCAGGAUGGAAUUGAUCAUGGGCAUGGAGGAUUUGGUUGGGGGGCAGGUGCAGAGAGGGGAAGAGGGUCAGAGUUUGAAUUUGAGAAUGGCAGGGUGAAGCCAUGGGAAGGUGAGAGGAUCCAUGAAAUAGGAGUGGAUGAUCUCGAGCUCACACUUGGGAGCGCAAAGGCUCAUGGUUAAGCCAGUGAUUGCUCUUAAGUUUGGGAAUGUAACAAGAAGGGAAAUAAUUGGAGGUUGUGCAUUCUCAAUGGUAAACUUGGUUUACCUUAGCCAAGCUGAAUUGGCGAUGCUGGGAGAAUGCAUGUGAGUUGUGUGAUUCUGGGAAGGCCUCAUUAUAUAUUUCCUUGUAGAUGUACAGUUCCUUUUUCUUGGAGCAAUGGCAGGAAUCUGUAUCUAUCUGAUUCAACUCAUUGGCAGCCUUCCUGGAAGGACCAUAUAAGGUCCCCAAAUUUUCAUAUGGGGAAAAGACUGGUGCAAGUGAUUUAGAAGGUUGUAUUCUUCGUUAAUCUGUUUAUGUUUAGAGUAUUUCUUUCAACUCUACAUUGAUGAUUAUAGUAUCCUAUUUAAAUUGUCAUUAGGAUGACCUUUACUAGCUUCAAUCAAGAGCAAAGAUUGUGUACUAAACUUAUCUGGGAUUUGAGUUUAUAUAAUCUGUAGGCUUGAAGAAA